AUGUUUUGUUCCAUAUUUUGCUUAAUUUGGGGAUGUAAUAGCGAUCAGCAGAGCUAUGUAAAUGACAAAAUACUUUUUGUUGUAAUAGGUUAUAACAAAGUCCGGACCUUUUCAAACAUAGGUCUCUAUCGAGAGUCCUCAGACAAAAUGUGGCUAAUGAAUAUGGUGGAAGAAACGUUUUCCUAUCUAAACAUCAGCAAGAUCAAUUCAGCUGAGGUUCAAAACAACGGCGAGUGUGCGUUUGCCUGCCUAAAUGAACCCAUGUGUUUUUCAUACAACUUAGAGGCAAGUGCCUCCAAAACAGGAACACGCGUAUGUGAGUUGCUGCCAUCGGAUAAGUACAACAACUCGGACGAAGUCAUCAUCAGCCAGAAGUUUCAUCAUUACAGUAUUCAGGUGAGUGAUCUGAUGUUUAACAUUAAAAAAAAUUCUACAUGCUCUGGGAGAAAUGCCCCUGGGGUAAAGUUUAUUCAGACAGAUGGUUAUCAACGCUGAGGGGUUCGCAUCAAUCCUGUACGAAUAAAUUGAAACUUAUGUCCCUUGAAGCAUUUCUAGCUUCUUGGGUGCUCUCCAAACCUCUCAAGUGCUUCAUAUCUCCAUGGACGCGCAACUGAUCCAUGAACAGAUAACUUUUACAUUUCCCUCGCGGUGGUUUGAGUUUCCGAAGCGGAAUUCCCUCUCGCCUUUGCUUCAGAGCCUCUACAGUCGCGUCCUUUGCGUGUUCAGUCAAUAAAAGUCAUGUUCAUGGAAUUUUAUUUGACUGCACAAAUUCACGGAGCGCAAAACUUGCACAUAAAGUAAACCUCCCAGAAAACAUAUGUAUAAAAGACAUUUCGUGCAGAGAGAAUAUUAAAAAUAGAGAAAAAGAUUCAUUGUUUUAGUUCUCAGCUAAGUAGCUCCAUGAGUAAUGGCUGGCAUGAGAUUAUUGUUCUUUAGAAACGUGCAGACACUUUGGCGCAGCUGGACAAAAUCAAAUCAAUAUUAUGGCAAAGGAAUUGGAAUUAUAUUUUUAAGUAGACUUGAAUGUAUGAUCUUUCUUUCUUUCUUUUAAUUUUUUGGCAAAGAGAAAACUUUAUUGUAUGGCCUUAAUGGGUAUCAAUAAUUCUAUGGCCCUUUGUCUCUGUUUCAAAAUUCUCGCGUUAUUAAAAUGACCAUUAUUCUGUUUUAAAUGAACCUUUUUCAAGAAUAAUCCUUCCUCGAUCUGUUUUUAUGAUUAAGAAGUAUUUACAUUCGAUAGGGAAGGGAAGCGAAUCAUUUUUUUUUUUAUAAACAAAGGAAGGGGAACUUACUUAACUGAGAAGAAGAUAGACUACUAAGAUAUCCAGCUGGAGGGCGACUCAGCUCCUUAUAUAUAGAUUUGAACAUAUGAUCUUCCUUUCGUUCUUUUAAUUUUUUGACAAAGAAAACUUUAUUGUUUGACAUUAAUAGAAUCAUUAAUUCUAUGGCUACUUGUCUCUAUUUUAAAAUUCUCGCCUUAUUAAAAUGAUCAUCAUUCCGUUGUUUUUAUAAACAAGAAAGGGGGGAGUUACUCAACUAAGAAGAAGGAGGACUACUGAGAUAUCCAGCUGGAAGGUGACUCGGCUCCUCCAAAACUUUAACAAGGAGCGAAAUCUCUCUUUUGGUGUGAUUGUCAUCUUUCCUUGGGAAAAUUUGCCUCACACAGAUACUGCUUGAUUUCUGUAUGACACUAGUUUGUGCCUAGGUUGCACUGGCAUAAACAGGUGUACCGUUGUUUCCCCGCUAAAGACCUAAGAUGGGCAUAGGCUUGAUAAAUACUAGCCCUGUAUACAUAUCGGGUCUGAAAACAUAUACAACUAAUUAGUUUACUGAGCAGGUUCUCUCUCGUUUCUGAGGCAAAGUUCAAGAGUUGCCGGUUGACUCAUUUUUUUACUUCUAAUUUCAUUUUAGACACCUUGCAGCAGAGGACCCUGUCAAAACUAUGGCACUUGCGUACCGCAGUACGAGAAAAACAGUUAUGUGUGCGUUUGCAAAAUUGGAUUUGAGGGGAAAGACUGCGAAACAGGUGAGGUGUUUAAAUGUGCUAGAUUAAAAAUUCCCUGCCAUUUAUUAAUAAUUACAUCAGCGCUGCAUCACAACUUUAACGCUAGACCGAUACUUUCGGUACAAAUUUCAGCCAGAAGCAGUGCGAAUACGUUGGGUUCCAAUUGCACAGGAAGUGUUGACGCUAAUGUUACAUGACAACUUCUUGAUGGUCUAUUGGAUGUUUAGGCUUUAAAUGGACAUGAAUAAAGGAAUAAUCUUCUUCACUUAAAACGUUCCCAAUGUCUCAAUAACUUUUAUGCGUAUCAUGUAUAUAUAUAUUUUUUUCUAUUUUUUAAUAUGAUUUUAAUUGAUUUGUUUUAAAGUUAUCAAGCACUGCGAGAAAGACUCAUGUCUUAACGGUGGAACUUGCAUCGAUGGAGUCGUUAGCUUCGAGUGCCGAUGUCGACAGGGGUUUUCUGGAAAGCGAUGUGAACCAGGUUUGUUCAAAAUACUUGUUGCCUAUUAAGAGCCUUUAUGGAAAUAAUCGGCGGUCAUGUUGUGCGGAAACCUAGAAUCUAUAUGGAACGGAUCAACAGUAAUGCUAAGGCAUAAUGAGUCUUAGAUAAUUUCCACUGUUGUUGUUGAAUGAGUUACAAACCAGAGGGCAUGUAUGUGUGCAUAUGGAAUGUCCACUGUUAAAUUAUUAUUAAAAUAAAGUUCGGAUAUAACGUGCCCUGCCAUUGGUUGAAAGAGCGUGUGCUAUCAGGGUACAAAACAUGGGCUGAGCUAAAGCUGUCACGCCAUCUGCCAAUUUGUACUACGUCUCGUGAUUUCCCCUACACUUCUUUUGGGCUCUAACCGCUUCUCAACUGCUUUACAACAGAACAGGGCACAGUCAAGGCUUCUUUCCUUGUUUGUUAAUAUUACGAUUAUGAGUAUUAUUAUUUUGAAAUCCUAUCGCAAACGACCAACAAACAAGGCGCAAGGUGUAACCUAAGAGCGAAGCUUCCUGAGGUAAAUACUGUACGCGUUUUUUUUUUUUUUUUUGUUUUUGCCUCGUGGAUUGAAGUUCAUGUGACAGGCAAUGCGGUUGAAUCAAUUUUUAUGGACUAUGUUAUUUUUUCUUAGGUAUGUUAAUCAAUUCUACAAUAUUGGUGGGCAACACAAACUUUCUCGGCAACCUGUCACAUUUUUUGUCGCCUGCUGUAGGAAAUAGUUCACAGUGGUUGCUGUGCCACCGCGCCUCCACGCACGGCUGGGCUGCAAGCAUCUUCCACACCAGUUGCGACCAUAAACCAAACACCGUGACCAUCAUCAAAAAAGGCCAGUACGUGUUUGGAGGAUACACUGAUAUUACUUGGGGUAAAAACUUAAAUUUAACUUCGAAUUCAUUGUGCCUUGAAAGACCAAACUAAGUAAAUCAGUCUCUGAUAUUUCCACUGUACGGAGUUCUAGUCAGCGGCCCUUUAACCACUUCGUUACCCAAACAGGGCACUAGUUUAAAUUGUACCUACGCUUUUGUUUUUUCAGAUUCUUUUGGUUAUGGCAACACUCCCAAUGCGUUCAUAUUUUCUCUACGGAACAAAGAAGAACUGCAUCCAUUUAAGAGCAUGGUUUUACAGCCACAAUAUGCAAUUUACAGGUCACAGGGGUAUGGUCCAAUAUUUGGAAAUGGCUGGGACAUUCACAUUUCGGAUAAUUCUAACAGCAACAAUGCUUCAUACACCCACCUUAGCUUCUACGAGACACCAAAAGGAGCAAAUAAGCCAAGCACAAUCUUGUCUGGUACACGGCACUUUUCACCUGAUGACUGGGAGGUGUUUUAUCUUGGUUAA